GAUACACGUGCCCAUGGAUGAAUGAAAUGAUGAUGAUGAUGAUUUUACGUAUGGAUACCCUCUGGGAGUGAGUGCGUUGUUAUCUGAGAUCAUCGCCAUCUGCAAGGUCGGUCAGAUAGGUCGAGAAAAUUCUUGACCUCUUUUGUUUGUUUCUUCGUUCGUUUCCUUCUUCUUCUUGUUGUCCUCUUUCCUUUUUUUUCUAUCUCUCAUACGAGUACAUCUUUUCGCCUCCCUUUACCCACCCUCCCUUGAGGGUUCACAGGGUCAAGGAAUCAACCUCUAACCCCCCACCCCUAAGCCUGUGUGCGUCUUGCUUCUCGCCAUCUUCGCCCCGUUGAGUAUCUCUCCGCCUCGAAAUGGCACUGUUCGCCUUCCUAGACACCCUCGAUCGUGGUUUACCAUCGGAAAGACCGCCCGGUUACCCCAAGAGACCUACCGUAUCACUCCCGUCGUCCCGAAACAACAGUACGACGUCGAUCAACUCGUUGAGGUCGGAACCGGGAUGGACGACGACGAGUAUGAACGGUGUGGAUCGCGGUCGAUCUCGAUCUACCUCUUCCUCGACGUCAUCAAUUCGAUCCUCCUCCAACAAGACGAAACAACCUUCCAACAGCAGCGGUGGCGGCGGCGGCGGGUUCGGACAAUUUUUCAAGAGUAAAAAGGACAAGAAAGAUACCGACCGGGUGGUGGUCACGUCUCAACACGCCGCCGCGGUCAGGGCGAAACUGGCCCGGGACCCAAAGUACGACAAGUACCGAAACAGAGAAAAGGACGGGAACAAGAAAGGUGCGGCGGACGUCGCCAGAAUGGUGGGCACACCAAACACGCUCCACUUGAGCGCCGAACAACAAGAAAUGAGGCACCCUCACUCCGGACCGCCCGCCCUGUCCCCCCCGGUCGACAAGUCGGACCUCCCCGUCCUCGACCGGGUCAUCAGCGGCGACGAGGUCGACGACGUGCCGGACCAGUGGGAACGCAUGCGCCACGAGUGGAAGCUGAGCAAGGUACCGGACGCGCAGAUGUUGCAGGUCAUCGAGGGUGAAGCUCUGGAGAGUGGCGCGUCGUCGUCCGGGACCUCGACGCCGCGGGAGGUCGAAGUGUGUCCGCCGGUCUCCACCGAGGGGGACCGUCACAUCAAGUCUUGGGACGAGAUGUGGUCGACCAAGGAGAGGCCGAAACCUCAGAGGCGACACACCCCCAUCGGCGGCAGGUACACAAAGGACGAACGUGGGGUCUGGAAGAAGUGAGGAAAAGAAGAAAACAGAAACAGAAUUACCAUCAAAAAAAGGUUUCAAAGAUCCAAAUGUCGCGACGACUUUUGGUUUUUUGGUUGUUUUUUUUUGGCUGUCGCCGUGUCGGUUUGAACUUUGGGGGGGUUUUUGUGGAAUUUCUCGACCAAAAACAAAAAAAAAGGAGACACUCAUACUUGGGGUAAAAAGAAAGCAUGCCUCUUUUUUUCUUACCUCCUCCCCCCCAAAAACACUACCCAACAACACACAUACACGUCUGUUGCGAAUGAGACAAUCAAUUGGGUGUUAUGCGGUGUACAGGCGUCGAGAGGGUUUCUCGGGAAGGUUGGCCCCCCCCCCCGGGGGAUAUUUUUUUUAUUAAUCAAUCAAUGAUAAAACGAUGAGCGAUGAAUGACCUACUUUUUUUGGGGUGCGUCUUUACAUAUAGGGACUACGUGUCUACCUGUUGUCAUCAUUUGUAUGCAGAGUUGGCUGGGUCGAUACUCACAACACAACCGAGAUCUGGUCGAGACGAUGCGAAUGUAUAUAUGUUUUAUAAAUUUGUAUCGGAAUUCCCCCUUUUGAUACGGGAGUAGUCAACACCAAUCACCAUAAAAACACGAACAUCGGUACUUUGUACGGACACACUCCAUAUCUAAACUGAACACAGA